UUUGUGACAAUACCGAUUUACGAGUAUUUAAUAUAAAUAAAUAUUAUAGAUUAAAAUUAUAGACUUUGGUUUGGCUUAUUUGUCUGGCACAGGUAUUCCAUUUGAUGAACCAUUAAAUGUUGGGACGGUUCUUUACGCCUCCCCUGAAAUCGUCUUUGGGAAAUUAAAGACUGUCAAUUUUUCAGUUGAUAUCUGGGCCUUGGGAGUCAUUCUAUAUUAUUUAGUGUUUGCUGAAUAUCCUUUCAAAGGUGAGGAGAAUACAGACAUACUCUUGAAUAUAAGUGAGGGGAAUUAUAAUAUUCCCAAAUAGGUGAGUUGGGAACUAGUCAGCUUAUUAACUGAUUUGUUCAAUCCUGAUCACGAGAGUAGAAUAACAUUGAAGGAAAUACGAUAACACAAAUGGGUUAGAGGGUAGAUCCAAAGUAAUCACCAAUUGAGUAUUCCACUUUCAG